GUGGAGGGAGGAGGUAAUCCAAUGAGACAGAGAGAGGAGAGGCAGAGCGAGGGCAACGCCUCACAGCACCGGGAAUCUCUCUCCAUCUCCAUCUCACCCCGUGGAGCAGAAAAACCUAAAGGACUCUGAUCUCCAGUUCAGCCUCUUGCAGGAGCAGCAUCUCACUUUUAAAGCUCCACUUUAUUUUACCGCUAAUUAUCUCUGCUUGCUGGAGAAUGCCUUUCUGACUGAGAGCUGGGAUUUUUUAUUUCUUUCUCUGUCAGGAGGCAGCAGCAUCUUUUUUUUUUUUUUUCCUGGAGUCAUCUUUGUUCUCACAGCUGCUGAGUGUACGGUGGCUGCUAGUGGGGAAAUAGGUUAGUGUGCCUGUUCGGUGCCGGGCGGCGGAGGUGAUGAAGAGGAGGGGGAUGCCUUCAUGGUGGUGGUAGCUCUGCGAAGGUGAAUGCUGGAAUGCUGCUGAUGAACUCUGACCUUUAGUGGAAGUGUCAAGUACAGGAGAGACAAAGGAAGACAGAUACACUCAUUUGUUUUUUUUUGUUUUUGUGGACUGACCUGUGUACCAGCUGUGCAACGACAACAUGGACAUCAACCUUCAGUCGCAUCGAUUUUACUUCCCCCAGAUCUACUGUGCUGAACCGGGGGCGCAGCCACAGCUCACCGAGUUCAAAGUCAGUGAGCAGAGUAUCUGCCAGGCCCGGGCCUCCGUCAUGGUCUACGAUGACACCAGUAAGAAGUGGGUCCCCAUCAAGCCCGGCCAGCAGGGCUUCAGUCGCAUCAACAUCUACCACAACACUGCCAACAACACCUUCAGAGUGGUGGGCGUCAAGCUGCAGGACCAGCAGGUGGUUAUUAACUACUCUAUAGUGAAGGGCCUCAAGUACAACCAGGCAACACCGACCUUCCACCAGUGGAGAGACGCCAGGCAGGUUUAUGGCCUCAACUUCGCCAGCAAGGAGGAGGCGACCACCUUCUCCAACGCCAUGCUGUUCGCCCUCAACGUCCUCAGUGCUCAGGACGGAGUAAAAUUCCAGAAGGAAGCCUCUGGACCAAGAAUGUUUCGGAGGAUAUUGAGAUGGAUGACGGCAGUCGGUCCAGCUCUCCAGCGCCAUGUCCAGAACGGACCGACUUCAGACGAGAUGGAAGCUCAGAGAGCGAGGCAAAUGAUGGAGCAGCAGCAGCAGAUGCAGGCGCACAUGGAGCGAGAGCGACGGUCCUCCAACUCAGGUUCUCCUUUCCAAGGCCACCCUGCUGUGCUCUCCGUGGCCCCACCAGUCGUACCUCCACCGGUGAACAUGGGCGGCCCUCCUCCGCCUCCACCGCCACCAGGCCCGCCGCCGCCGUCAGCGAUGGCGCCUCAGCCUCCUCUUCCUCCUCCACUGCCCAUCGGGGGAGGAAGCCACGGGGACGAACCACCGGCACAGACGGGCCUCGCCGCCAUGAUUGCUGGAGCCAAACUGCGUCGUGUCCAAAGACCUGAAGACAGCAGCUCUUCAGGCGCCAAAAAUGAUGCCAACCGAACAAGUGGUGGAAGUGGAGGCCUGAUGGAGGAGAUGAACGCUCUGCUGGCCCGAAGAAGGAAAGCAGCUUCAGAGAAGCCUGAAGACAGCCAAAAUGACGACCCAAACUCUCCGUCGCCCAGCACUCGGAGUGGACAGAACGCCACAGACGGUGCAAAGAAGCCGUGGGACCGAGCUAACUCUGCAGACAGGUCGAUGGUUUCCAGGGUACGAGCCGCGGGGAGCAGCAGUGACACAGACUCUUUAGACCUCGAUAGAAUGAAACAGGAAAUCUUGGAAGAGGUGUUCCGUGAAUUGCACAAAGUGAAGGAUGAAAUCAUCGAUGCCAUUAGACAUGAACUGAGUCGAGUUAGCACGACAUAAUCUUCCAGAGCGUCUCCCAGACAUGAACCACCUUCUCAAACCAUCGAUCCUGCAGCAGCUGCUGUGCCCCCGAAGAGGAGGAGGAGGAGGAAGAGGAGGCGUCAGGAACAGAGGCCCAAACUGUGACAUCUACUCAUCCUGUUCAGCUUUGGUGUUGCUGGAACACCUCGGACACGUCUGUGUAACGUUUGGUUUGUAUGAACGGGGCUCACUGUCGCACUGAUUUCUCUGAUUUCUUAACAUUUUGUCUGUUUGUUCGCCCCCUUCUGUCCUCGGCCCAAAGGAAAACUCAUCUGUUUCGCUUUUUUUUUUUUCACGAGUUUUUUAAUUAUUGCUAUCAUUUUCAUUAUUAUUACUAUCAUUCUUCUGGCUGUCAGUGUACCGUUAAUCUGAGUGGUAGUAGUGUAGUGAUGGUGAUAAUGAGGAGAUGAUAAUGAGAAUUUGAUAGUAAUUAUAAUGUUCAUAAUAUUAUUGCACAUCGGCCUUUUGUAUUUUAUAUUGGUUGUUUUCUGAGACACAUUUAAAAGCACGUCUACAUUUUCUUUUUCUCGUCAUGUGACCUGAAACAUUUUUUUAAGGGUUUUUUAUCCUUUUCGCCGACACAGUUCUGUGUAGAACCACGGCAGAAAAUAGAAAAAUAAAAAAAACAGGCUUCGACCGAGGGCGGAAUAAAUAAAACUUCUUACUGCAAACUCCUGAGCGAAAAGAUAAAUAAAUAAUACACCAGAGUAUUUGUGAUCAUGUUGUUAAUAAAAUGUUUAUUGGCUGCAAGGAUAUGGUGAAGUAUUGUUCAUUUUAUUCUCUCCUUUUAUGACAAAGUGCUUCCUGGUUUGACAACAAAAAUGAAUUAAAAAAAAUAAAGAGAAGAAGAAAUGCACCAAGUUUAAAAUGAAUUCAAAUAAAACUGAACAAUGUCUUGGAUAAA